UAAUUUGAAAUACCUACAGUCUCUGGUCCUUGGUCCGCGUCUAAAAGUCAUUAACUUGAAUAUCUUACCAUGCUUACCUGAAUCUUCACGUAACAAGCUGAAAUACUCCCUGAAAAUAGCGUUUAUGUUCCUCUCGAUAAUCCUGAAGUUUCAUGUUCCAGACAUAAAUUAAUAUUUUGCUUGGAGUUCGAAAAAGGCGACCGUUUUCGAUGGUCCUUGGUCCUAGCCUGAAAUUCAUUCGAUUGCGUCGAGUCGUUUUCUCCUCUCAACAACUGAGGGAGUAAUAACGACUCGAAGUAAUCGGAUGAAAUUCAGGCUACCUUGGUCCGCGAAUGUGGUCCUUGGUCCGCGUCUUAGGUGAGUAGCACGAAAAAAACGUAAAAAUGUUAUAGUUUCCACACGAAAACGUGAUUUUCACAAUAUUUCGUGUUUUUUUUCUUUUCUUCAUGCAAUUAAGCUAAAGUUUUUUUCAGAAGAUGUUGUGAUUAUAAAAUAAUCUAGUGCUCUUCUUUCAAAGACUUCAGACAACAGUCUCCUCGAGUCUCCCACACGAGCGUAGACGAGCGGUUUUCAACGCGGUCGAAAGUAAUUACCAAAAACUCUGUAUGUAUUCGAGGUAUUAAAAAAAAAAGAGAACUUGUAGACAUGUAUAGGGACGAUUUUCAAAACAUUCUUCGAAAACAAAGGCCGUCGCUUUUUAUUUUGCGAAGUUUUAUUCAACCAAGGUCAUAGGUCGCGGCCCAAGGACCGCAAAGCGAAAUUUGGUGAUAUUUUUCAAGAGUCGAUAAAACAAAAAAUUCAGCGUCUACAGCAAUAUGCUUCCAACAGCAGAAAUGAGUUGAUCUGAAAACCUGUUCUGCAAAAAGGCACUUCUUCCCGUUGCGUUUUAUUUAUUCGCAGGCUAAGUAAACAUGACCAUGUAAUUUACGGUGCCGCAAAAAUCCAAACUUCAAGAAAGACAUAUUAACCUACCUGUCAACAAACUUUAAUUUCGCGCCUUCACCUGCACAGUAAGAAAGCCGAAACUUCGUCAUAUGAAAGAAUGCUAAUCAGUAAAUCACGACAUCUUUCAUUAUUCAACGUAUUUUUUUCUCGACGAAAUAUUUUAUCAUUUUCGGAAAAGUCGCGGACCAAGGACCACAUACUGUAAAUGUGAAAAUUACAAACCUUUUGCGGGUAGUAGUAUAAACAAAUGAUUUGUACGCGAUAUUUGGCAUAACUACCACUUGUGAUAUUUCAAAAUUCUCUCAAAUUUCACUCGCCUAACGGCUCGUGAAACUACGUAUAACAAUUUUGAAAUAUCACUCGUGGUAUUUAUGCCAAAUAUCACUAAAAUUCAUGCCAUUACCCUGUAAGAAUUUACUAACUUCAGCCAGGCUUAAUCAAACUUGAUUCAAAGAUUACUUUCCUGUGUCAAGUGUAAUUGCUUUAUAUAAUAUUAAGAGAGAGGAAAUAUUGCUAGAAAUAUUGUAACCAUAAGUGAAAAUAAAUGUAUACAUUAGUACAAUCAAAAGAUAAGGGAUGUGCCAGUCCCAAUGGUGUCCAUCUGAGAGAAUUGACUAUAGUUUGUGCAACACCACACUUAAGCCUCUAAAGACACAAAUGCAUGCAGUGCUACUCAGUCUUAAUUUAUUCUUCUUGCAAUCAAAUCAAGACCUCCUCAUGAUCAUGUUCUUCUUCGUAUUAUGCACUCGUUUAUCUUUCAAUGUGCGUUCUGCAGGGGCACCCAACGAGAAUAUAGUUCAAAACCACUUAAACAUAGCAUUGUUAAACGUAUUUUAGUAUUUAAACGGUAGAUACAGGCAUAUUUUUAUCCCCUACAACUUUUUCAUCUGCUCGGAUUUCCUAGCUGAAAGUCCAGUGAUCCGAAAAUUAUAGGGAUCAAAACUUACCUUUUCGAAAAUUUCAGCCAGAAAAAAGGCUCCCGAAAAUUCUAGGUGACCUUUUUAGCGUAAAAAUCCGUUAAAAAUGGGCAAUUAUACCAUUUUUUAGGUGUUCGAAAAUCCUAGGAGAGGCAGGCAAGAAAGAAAUUGUACAACAAAUGUUCCGAAAAUUCUAGAUCUCAAAUCGUCUUCCGAACAGAUAUUUUCCGAAAAUUGACGUUGGGUGCCCCUGGUUCUGGUUAUCUUUUCAGGCCGGGCAUUUACUGUUGUCCUGCAGAAAGUCAUAAUAACAAACCUAUUGUAUGAUUUAAUUUUACAGUGGAAUCUUUGUGGCGAUUUGAAAGCAAAUUUCUAAAUAGGCUUCAUUCUUUUUCUGUGCAAUACAACCUUCAGAUUUAUACCGCAGGGAAAGAGAAUUUGUUGUUGUUUAUGUUUAGACUGUCACACGAGAUCAUUCGAAUGCAAUUUUUAUCCGUGGCAGGAUUAGCUCAGUCGGUAGAGCGUUUGACUGCAGAGCGGGAGGUCGCGGGUUCGAUUCCCGGGGCCGGACCAUUACUCAGGGUCUUAAAAUGACUGAGAAAUGAAGGUACUUCCUUUGCACUGCAAGCGGCUAGACCUUCGCGUGGCUCGGAUGACUACGUAAAAAUGGCGGUCCCGUCUCCAUUAGGAGACGUAAAAAUAGUACCCCAAUUAGCACGUUCGUGCUAAAUACAUUGACACUCAAAUAAAAAGUGCAAGUGCACCUUUAAAAUAGUCAGAACCUUCUUGGGUCACGGUUCUGUCACUAAAAAAAUCAUUUACCAUCUGAGUGUAUAUUGAAAAAUGCAAAAUCGCUAAAUUGGGCAACCGACAUCUUUUAUUUUACUAACAAGCUAAUUGCCAACGUACACAAAAAAAUCUUGCUAUCGCGAUUAUGAAGUCAUCACUUCAGAAGUUAAAAGACCUUGAAGGUUAUUAAAAGUUCACUUUCAAAAUUUGCAUGCACAAACCAAAUUUAUAAAACCAUUACAUAUUUUUUUUUGUAGCCGUUUAUUAUCAUUUGGUUUUGACUUGCAAGAUAACACGCGACCUUCAACCUGUAAUGCUCGAUAGGCCAUUUCGACACUACAUAAACAUAAAAGGCGAAAAAACACAUUACCUUGUAACUGUUACAAGACUAACUAUAAAAUAUGACCUAAAUAUUUUCUGUGUACAUGUAUCCCAUAGAAAUACGCUAAAUUUUAAAUUUGAUUAUAGAUUGCAGCGAUCCAGUUAAAGAUAUAAAGCUAUAAAUCCGAACCGACCUUCAGCUAGACGGCCCCAUUUUGUGGAGUCAUCUACCGACAGCACAAUUCCCCCGAUCAAUUUCAAACUUAUUUUGACGAAAUAUUGGAGAAAUUAAGUACACAAAAUAAACCUAUUUAUGUUAUGGGAGAUUUCAACAUAGACCUUUUUAAAUUUGAAACCUGUGACUUUUCUCACAACUUUUUACUAAGUUUGCAAAGCUACUCGUUUUUCCCAAUAAUCGAUAAUCGAUACUAGAGUUUAAUAAUAACUCGGCAACGCUAAUCGACAACGUAAGCUCUCACGUGGCAAUGUCGUGUCGGACAUCGGCGACCACUAUUCCCGGUUCGCACUGUUUCACUCCCCCAGGGAGAAAACACAUCUCAAAAAACGUAAGAUUCGAGACUAUUCACAUUUUGUGCGAGAUGCUUUUAACAUGGAGCUCCUGCAAAUUGAUUGGAAAACUAGUAGUUCAGUUGAUGAGUCCUUUGCUCAGUUUUACAAUAAAUUAAAUAAGCUCAUCUACAAACAUGCGCUUCUAAAAACUAUCUCGAGACAACAAGCUAAGCAAUUUGCAAGACCGUGGAUUACAAGUGGUUUGUGAAAAUCAAUUAAAGUUAAGAAUUCGUUAUUCAGAUCUGGGGACACGGCGAAAUACAAACAGUAUAUAGCAACAACAUCUCAAGCUUGAUUCGUCUUAGUAAGAAGCUCUACUAUAAGGCCUUCUUUGAGGCUAACCUAAAUAACGUGAAAAAAACUUGGAUUAUACUCCUGUCCUAUUCGCAUUUUGAAAGGCGCGAAUCACAUCGUGUCUGCUACCCUGGCAGAAAUAAUGAACAUGUUGGUCCAAACCAGUGUGUAUCCUUCCAAGUUAAAACAUGCGAAAGUCAUUCAGUCUUUAAGACAGGUGACAGAACUGAACCAGGCAAUUAUCGGCCAAUUUCAUUACUAUCUGUGUUCAAUCGAUUGUUCGAAAGACUGUUGCAUAAACGCCUCACAUCCUUUAUAAAAAAAACCACAUUCUUUAUAAUGCACAGUAUGGUUUCCGAGCAAACUGUUCUACUCAACACGCAAUUUUGGAUAUUGUCAACAGAAUACAAAGUAAUAUGGAGCAGGUUUGUACUCGUGCGGCGUAUUUAAUGAUCUAAACAAUGCCUUCGACAUAGUUGACCAUACUAUACUACUAUGCAAAUUGAGUCACUACGGUAUACGUGGAAUUAUCAAUGAUUGGUUCGCGUCCUAUUUGACCGAUAGGACCCAGACUACUCAAGUUGAAGCUAGCAUUUCUACCAAAGGGAAAAUAUUAUUUGGUGUUUCUCAAGGGUCUGUACUAGGACUGUUGCUUUUCUUAAUCUAUAAAUGACAUUUACCGUGUUUCCUCGAAACUCAACUUCUAUUUAUUUGCUGAUGAUACAAAUAUAUUAUGCGCAAACAAUAAUUUGAAAUCUCUUGAAUCCGUUGUCAACGAAGAACUAAGGAAAGUCUGCGAAUGGCUUAAUACAAACAAAUUAUCACUAAACACAAGCAAAUCUAAUUUUGUCGUUUUUCAUCCCUUUCAACGUUACAACGUUACCUUAAAAAUUUAUGACAAUGACUUAAAGAUAUUGACUUCUCUUGAACAGAAACAUUAUGUGAAAUACCUCGGUGUUUUGAUUGAUAGUCACCUCUCAUGGAGGUACCACAUGGACUAUAUUCAGCUGUAUAUUUCACAAAAAUAAGUAAAGGGGUUGGCAUUAUUGCCAGGCUUAGGCAGUUUGUGCCUACCAGUACUCUCUUAAAGAUUUAUCGUUCCUUAAUCGAACCGUUCAUUUCCUAUGGACUAAUUGCAUGGGGACAAGCUGCCAAUUCAAGUCUGAACAAAAUUCUAAUAUUGCAAAAACGUCAGCUCUACGGUUAAUGUACUUUUCUGACAGGAGAGCUCAUGCCAUACCUUUGUUCGUCAGGGCUGGUGUUUUGCCUCUGAAUAUGCUGUACUUUAAAUAGGCGGCUAUCCUAAUGCACGAUAUCUCCAAUAACCGGACUCCUUCUAAAAUUUCUGAAUUGUUCGUCCGUUCUAACAUGAUCCACUCUCAUUAUACCAGAUUUUCUGCUGCAGGUAAUUUUUAUGUCCAGAGAUCUAGACUCAAUCAGCUAUUAUUAUCUUUUUCUAGAGGUGGUGUAAGAAUUUGGAACAAAAUUCCUCUCACGUUACGUGAACAGCGCAGAGACCCUAUCAAGCGUAAAUUACGGCAUAACUUACUGAUCAAGGUUUUGGCGACUAAGAAGGUGAAUGUUGAUAUGAGUACCAUUACCAGUUCCUACCUGAACUCCUUAUUCAGUUAAAGUGUUUUCCUUCCUCAUAUCUAUAGGUGCUACCUUUUAUUUAUUUAUUUCAUUUUAUUUUUACUUUCUCUUACUUUCUUUUGCCGGCUUUAUUAUAGGAGCUAGACAAUUAUUAUAUUGUUGCCCACCUAGAAUAGCUCCGCUAAUUGUGGGUAACAAAGACCUAACUCAUUUGACAAUUGAAUAAACUGUUGUUGUUGUUGUUGUUCGUUGUUGAUUUCAAUAAAAAACAGCUUACCUUACUUAAAAUGUGUGUUACGUCUCUCCUGUGUGGUCCACGGGCCGAUUUGUGGCCGUUUUAUGGGUUUUUAUGUAAAAGGUUUUCUCUCUAUAUAAAGGUAUAUAGAGAUAAAAAUUUUAUAUUUUUUUUCAUGAAGGUAAAGCGGAAGAAAUAGAACACCGGCCGCUAGAGCUGCGAACCCAAUUUUUCGUGUCGGCAAACAGACAGAACAGAUAAACUUAAUAGUAGCGUGACAAACUUCCACAUCUUCACGCGUUUCUACAACACAAAAAAAUACGUAGAAAGGCGAUUACGAAGAUAACAAAACCGAGAAAGAAACGGAGAAUUCAAACAAAAAAGACUUCGGAAACCUAACAUACCCGAAGGGGGUAAAAAUCAAAAUUAAAAUUGGAAUACUCACAGUGAUAAAUGCACGUAGCCAUCCAUGUACAACAGCAAACUAAUAAAUCCCUUAAACUGCCAUUAAUGAGAGGGUUGAAAAGUCUCAAGUGUAACAGGCGGCCGCUCCAAUCUCCUCGCGAUUCACUGCCCUCACCCGCCAUUAUAGCUCUUUUGCGCGCCCAACCAAAACGACCAUGCCACGCAGGCUCUGUGCUGGACGCAAGAGAAUUCUGGGUAUGAGGAAAGGAGCCAUCUUCUAUUUAUCUUAACACACACGCAACUUGCCAGAGAUUUAUUAGAUAUGUAAAUUUUUGUAUUUGUAAAAAAUUUGUCUCUUUAAAAAUUUCCAUGGCAAGCCGAGUCCAGCAAACACUAACGUCAGUUUUAUCUGAUCAGUUGCAGGUUAUGUAAGCUGUAGCCAAGCCUUCUUGUUUAGCAUGGUGAAUCCUAGUGCCUUGGGUGCAACCAAAAUGUCGCUCAUCCCUGGAAGGGAAGAACAUGGCAUUUAUUGUCAAAACAACUUUGGGCCAAUAUUUGGCGAACUUCACGACCUAUGCAUAUCAGAUAAUGCAAACAGAAGAAACAGCAGUAAUAUUUGCCUCGGCAACUCCUAUCAGUGCCCACCAGGACAACAGAGCACGUUCUUCACAGGUACCCCAAGUUUCACUGUUACAGAUUACGAGGUGUUUGGACUCCAGCAGUGA